AUGUCGACGCCCAAUACUAACUAUACCCCGACGCAACCCUCGUCCGCCUCGAAAAAGGCAGCAACCCAUAACAUGGGCACUCCGCACACCACCACUCCUCGCAGCGUCCCCUCGCCUGCUGCAACACGGAAAGAGCUGUCGGGUAAGACUCCGGUGAACCAUCCCACGGUGAGCAGUAGCCAUGGCAGUAAGACACUGGCCUCCACGCCCAUGAUGCAUUCUCUCAGUCAAACUGGCGGCCCUGGCAUCGGUUCGGCAUCACCGGGCCAAGGCCCUUUUGGCACGCCAGGUAGCAACAUGUUACAUGGACUGGGUGUGGAUAUGGGCACUGGCUUGACACCGAAUCUUAACGUGAAUGUCCCCACGCCUGUAUUGGCUUCUGCCGUGGGCAUGAUGCCGAGUAUGAGUGAG